AAAAUUAUAUAUAAACUAUGUAUAUAGGUAUAUUAAAAAAAAAAAAACGAAAUCACAGGCCCUUGUGGCACCAUUAACGUCCAAUGUCAGCUUUAUUAUUUAUUAAAAAAAAGUGCUGUGUUGUUCUCGGCCCUCGGGUUUUUCUCGAGCUCUCGCACUUCUCGCGUCUCGGCAAUUGCAGCUCAUGCAUACAAUCGUACUCUUAUUAUAAACAUAUACACUACACUCUCUAAACACAAAAUACAGAGGGUAAAUAGUAAAUAUGUAUGGUAGGCAUGUAUAGGUAUAGUGCAAGUGCAUCUGCUGGUACUCGUGUUUGUGCAUCACACUGCAUCCGUAUAUAAUAUAUAUAUAUAUACUUACCUUGUUACCUUUGCCGGCUUUUAUAUUAUUGCCGCUAACGCCGCCGUCGUCGAGGCACUCGAGGUCUCACGAAUCCCUCGACCGCAAAGGGUACGUAAAUAGGUACUUCGUAAGUUUAUCUAUAGCCUAAGUAUACAGCUGUUAAAUAGGUUUACUGCAGAUUGUACGAAGAGAGACAUUAUCAAUAAUCGUGCACGUGCAUGUCACGGAAUUACCUAUACCUACCUGUAUAUGUACACGAGUGAAACUCUCUGCAGUUUAGCAUAUUUUUGUUGAAAAAAAAAAAGAGGUUAUUCGGUAACUUUGUAGGUUGUUCUUGUGCAAUUCACGCCUCAUAUACGCCAUGUGAGGUAAGUACUUAUCGUCCAACGUGUUUAUCGUGACUGCCUCGUAUGUGUAUGAUAGUUACUUAUGUAUGUUGUGCGUAUUUGUAGUUGUGUUUUAUUGUCAAAGAGAAAACGGAAUAUAUUAACUUAUUAGCGUAAGCCGUUAGCGCGAGUUUGUCAGAGAAAAGUUGAGGCCUCCGCGGCGUCGACCAUGCCAGCCGGUGACAACGAUGAAAGCCUAGAAGAGUUGAAAAUGGUCGUGCGGGCGUUGCUCAUCUCGCAAGGCCGCAGCGAGACUACGUUGAGAAAAUUUUCCACCCUCUACCGAGAAGAGGAGGGUUCGUACCUCAACAGCUGGAAAUACGGCUAUCCGCACAUCGAAAGCCUUCUUAGGAGCCUACCGGAUACCUGUAGAGUUAAAACAAAUCAGGCUGGUGAGCUCUGCGUCGCUGCCGUCGGCACCGAGAAAACAGCACAUGUUAGUGCACUCAUAUCUAGACAAAGACCGCCCAAAAAGAGGGCUCGACCUAUCGCUUACCGAGGACGCAACAAUUACUAUCAACGCCGUUAUGAUUUCCCACCACAGAGAAAGGCGACGACAACUUCUACGAUAUCCCCGGUCUCUUCCACUACUGUGCUGCAGGUCUUGACUAAGUUGAGAAAUUCGUUAACGUACUCGAAAACCCGUGGUCUGCGAAAAAUCGAUGUCCUAGCCCUAGUUAAGUCGGGUCUUGGUAGUCGGGCUUCUACUUAUCACGUUAACUCUUUGAACUUUCACUUGUGCGAACUCUCGCACAUAGUCGUUGUAAAAGAUGACUACAUUUAUUUCAAAGAAGAUAUAGUUGUCACACCGCUGAUGAAUAAGUCGGUGUCCUAUCCCGUACCACAUAACCAGAUGCCACCGUUCAAACCACCACUUAUAAAUUCACGUCCUGUGAUUGGUGUUUCUUCAAAGACAACUGAUAACAAGUCGGCUAACCAUCUAACGAGUAAACCUCAAGUUACUACGUCAAAUGUCAGAUCUACCAUUUUGAAGCUCAACCAAGCCAUUGACUUUUUUACUAAGGCUAAUGGACCCAUUAAUUCUGAUACUACAAAUGAUGUGACAAAAUCAGCGUACAAUCAUACACCAAUGAGUAAGCCCAAUGACUCAAGUGUUCAAGGUGUGCAUCAAGUGAUGGUCAGUGAAACCACUAUGACUGAAAAUAAAGAUACAGAAAAGGAUAUAAAACUCAAAACAAAUGGAAUUCAAAAAGAUAGCGAUUUGAUCAAGGAAAGAACAAAAAUUCGUUUGGAAAAAUUAAUUGAAAAGUAUCCGGAGGGAAUGUGGUGCUCAGAGCUGCCCAGCUUAUACAAAAAGGAGUAUGGUAUUGAAUUAGAAUACAACGAACUUGGGUUUCACGGAGUUGUGGAAUUCGUUGCAGCUUUGCCAGAAAUCUUUACUGUUACGACACCUGGUGAUUCCAAGAAACACAUGAUUAUCAGCACAAAAAAACGAGACAGUAAGGAUUAUGGAGUACCAAAAAAAACCACUGCUGCCUAUUACAAUUUUGAAGAGAUUGAAGAAGAAAUAGAUGCCAUUCCUUUAAAAUUGUCUGAAAAAGUAUCUAUGGCAUUGAUUCCUGAUGGCUACAUGAGUAUUAAUGAGUCAGUGGAUCAAAUUCCAGUUUCUUCUUUAGCACCUAACACUGAUGAUUAUUUUGAAGUCACAGUUUCUGAAAUAUUCACACCAUCGUUCUUUUGGAUAAAGCUUCGGAAAAAUCAGAAGAAAUUCAAUCUGCUCAUGGAUCGAUUGGGAGAUUACUACAAUAAUGGUAAGGAUCUGCUAUCUCUAAAGGUUCCUCAGUGUAUUUUGCAGUCAGGACUACAUGUAGCUUGCAUUUAUUCACAACUAUGGCAUAGGGCCAUAAUUAAAAAGGUGAAGCAUGACGGAUUUGUCGUGUUAUUUUUUUACGACUACGGUACAGUAAAGUCUUAUAAUCCCAACGACAUAUACUUCUUGCACAAAUCAUUUUCGAUUUUGCCAGCCCAAGCUAUAGCUUGCGGUUUACAUUAUCUCCGACCGAUUGGAGCUAAUGACUGGCCAAAGACGUCCACAUCUGCAUUUAUAGAUAAAGUAUGGGACAUUCCAUUAAUAGCAAACAUAGGAUCUUUAAAUGAAGAUAACAACACAAUGAUGAUAUCUUUAACUGACACAACAGACGAGCACGUGGACGAACACAUAAGCGAUUGGAUGGUGCAAAAUAGAUACGCGGAGUGGGGAAAAAUGGCCAGCAUCAAUAAAAUUCCUCUUCACAAAUUGUGUUCUUACGAUGAAGUGGAAUUACUAAAAAAGCGAGAUGAAGAGCGCCGUAACAAGCAUACAUCCGUUAACCAAAAUGGGCCAGCUCAAGUGGAGCAGGAUACAAAAUGUAGUAUGAUCGAUUACAUUUCAGGUGAUCCAAUCACUAAAGAUAUUGAUUCCUCCGUUGAAAGAUUGACCGUUGUUAAUAUGGUGAAACAUAAUACGAACGUGAUGAAAGAUGCUAAUAAAAUGCUUCAAUCGAUUUCCCCUAAUGUGCCCGAUGAAGAUAAAUGUCAAAGUAAAACCUCAAGUUUGGAAAAUGAUUCGACAAGCGACAGUUUGGCGGAAGUCUCCUUUAAUGUCAGUCAAGAUUUAAAUGAUUUGAAAAAUAGUAGUGCUGAAAUCCAUUCCAAUGAUGAGUUAACGGUGAAUGAAAAUAGGCUCAUUGCGUUAACUUCAAAUGAUGGGCUUAAUCGACAACCAUCCACGUUUGCUUCUGGCCCAUGUUUAACAAACAGCUGCAAAUCGGAAAAUCAGCUUGACAAUGAAUUUGUGCCUGAAAAUAUACAAGUGACUGGAUAUUUGGGUCAGGCUUCAUCAUCAAGAAAUAAAACUAAUUUGAAUAAAGUAAACGAUAAAAUAAUGCAACAGAAUGUUAACAGUGAAGCUGUAAAAUCGAAUGUUGAUGAAGAUUACGUGAAAUUUAAUCAUGAUGACCAUUAUUCUAAAAAGCCUUUAUCUCAAACGCAAAACAGUUUAAAUGUUAAUGGUAUUUCAAAAAGCGUUACUACUUUUUUCACAAUACAUCUUAGUGAAAGGUUGGGGCGAAAAUUGUUGCAUAUUUUUCAUUACGAGAAUCAGGGUUGGUUGUACGUUGCGGAAUUCGUUGAUAUUUUCACCAAUUUUAAAGUCCCAAAAGUUUUUGUUAACAUCUUAAAGAGUAUAUUUGAUUAUUCUUUGUCCUUGAAACAUAUCAGUAGAGAUACAGAGCCUCAAAUUUUUGCUCAACUAGAUGAAAGUACGUUGGAUGCUCCGCGUGAAAAUGAAAAACUCAGGUCAGAUUUUGAUUUGGCACUUAUGUCUUUAAGAGAUAUGUUAAUAGUUUUGGAAAAACUUCAUGGUGUAUCUCCCAAAGCUGUACUUGAAGCCCGGCCUAUUAUUUUACGAUUUAAAGAAGAAGCCGAAAAUGUAAUUUAUGAAAAGUACUACAACAAAAUGGUCUACGAUGCGGUGAAUAUAGUUUUAAAGUAUAAGGAUUUCAGACGAGCCGUGAAACUAAGAGUGCGAGAUGAUGCGCCAGCUCUCGGCGCAGAUGGACGAAUUAUCAAUCGCACCCGUGCUGCACGGGCCGUGCAGUAUGUGCGAAUACAAUACCUACACAGAAAAACAACCAUGUCUGGCGCCGAUCCACCCGGUUCCGAGAAUCUGAAGGGCUUGGCCAAAAUCUUCAACAGCCAGACAAACUACGGAAGGGCAAACGUAGCGAAGGCCACGUAUGGCGCCGUCGCUCUGUUUAUGUUGUACAGUUACCUCAAGCCCAAAAAGAAGAACUAG